AGGUCAAGGAAGCAGUUAAACACAUCUGAAAAGAAGUGCUAGUUGUUGAUGAUGUAGAUUAUCCAGUCAAGGUACCAAAAAAGUGGUUGACUAAUAAAAAGGUUGCUAUGAAGUUAUAAAAAUGGCAUUUUUGGCGGUGGAAGGAGAGCAUGAGAUUAAAGAAUGCACAAGGCCUGCAUCGAAGAAAUCAGAAGCAGGGAUGAUGUGCUCAGUUGAGUAAUCUGACCAGUUCCAUGACAGCCCAUCCCCUCCGGCCUAUGAAACGCCAUGUCCUCCAUCCUCAAAUACUUCAGAAGGCCACGAAAGGCUACUGGAAGAGACAAAGAAGGCCACGAGCAAGAACAAGGAGGGGAUGCGAUCUCAGAGAUGCAGUAUUCUUGCAUCAAGGAUAGAUGUGCCCAGAUAUGCUUCCCAGUACCUUUCCAAGAGCCUAGCAACGCUAUGCCCCAAGCGAAAGCCACAAGCACAAGGAUCUCACGUUCAAAUUUUGUGAAGUCAACGAUGGAUUCAAUCUUCCCAAAUACCCACUUCACCGACCAUGAAUCCGUCCCUCCUCUCGCAGAGGCCUUCUCAAACUUCAUAGCAAUUUAUCCACAGUACGGUGAGACGCAGCAAGCAGACGAGAUCAGGAACAGUGAAUACUACCACUUAGCUAGACAUGUCUGCUUUGACUACUAUGGAUUUAGCCUCUUCUCCCAUGCACAAAUGCAUUCUGCCUUAGCAUCUUCAUCCACUAAUCCCCUGGUUUCAGGUCUCCUGCAGCCUCCUUUCUUCAACGUCUCUUACAAGUCAGCAAGCUUGAAAUCUCAAGUGCAGCCUAAUGACCAAGAUAGCGUCCUGGAAUCUGCAAUUAGGACAAGGAUUAUGCAUUUUCUCAACAUACUGGAUGGUGAAUACAGCAUGGUCUACACAGCCAACAGGACUACAGCUUUCAGGCUGUUGGCAGAAUCAUACCCGUUCCAGGAGACCAAGGGCUUGCUAAGCGUGUAUGAUUAUGAGAGUGAGGCCAUGAUUGCAAUGGAGGAAAGCGCCCAGAGGAAAGGGGCCAAGGUCAUGUCCGCCAGCUUCUCUUGGCCAAGCUUCAGGAUUCAUUCUGGUAGAUUGAUGGAGAAGUUGAGAAUGAGAAGAAGGAAAAAAAGAGGAUUGUUUGUGUUUCCACUUCAAUCCAGAAUCACUGGGGCAAGGUAUCCUUACCUAUGGAUGACUAUGGCUAAAGAACAUGGAUGGCAAGUAGUGCUUGAUGCAUGUUGUUUGGCGCCGAAGGACCUCGAUACCCUUGGACUUUCACUGAUCCAACCAGACUUCAUCAUCUGUUCUUUCUUCAAAGUGUUUGGAGAAAACCCAUCCGGUUUUGCAGGUCUGCUUGUCAAGAACUCCAGCAUUGAAUCCUUGGAAUCGUCGAUGAUUGCCAGGAGCAUUGGGAUUGUGAGCCUAGUACCAGCAAGAAAGCUCUCACAGCUAACUGAUGAUUAUUCAGGAACUGAUUCCGAUACUCAUUCCUUUAGACACCAAUUUGAGGAAGCUGAUGUUGAGAACUCCAGUUCAUUCUCUGGACCAAUACCUGGCCAGGUCUAUAGUAGCUCUCUUAGCAAUAACAUGAUUAGAGAAGGUGCUUCUGCAGAAAAACAAAAGCAAGUUAUGAUAUCAGAGCAGGGAGAGAGUUCCAAAGCACAACAUGAGAAAGAAGAAACAUCUGAUGGUAUUGAAGAAAUAGAAUCUGAACAUUCUAUGCCAGCAGAGAAGACAGCAAGCAACGGUGGAGCAAACAAGAGCUUGGAGGUUUUGUGCAGAGGAUUAGACCAUGCAGAUUCUCUAGGUCUGUUGCUCAUCAGUACCAGAUUAAGAUGCAUCACCAAUUGGCUAGUUACUGCUUUGAUGAAACUGCAGCAUCCUCACUCCGAGAGUGGCCAUUCCCUAGUCAGAAUAUAUGGUCCAAGAGUAAAGUUUGACAGGGCACCUGCCUUAGCUUUCAAUGUAUUUGAUUGGAAAGGAGAUAAAAUUGAGCCUGCUUUGGUACAAAAGCUUGCAGAUAGAAGCAACAUUUCUCUUAGUUGUGGCUUCCUAAACAAUAUAUGGUUCUCAAAAGAAUAUGAAGCCGAGAAGGAUAAAGUUCUGGAGAGGAGGGACAAUGAGAGAAUUGUUGUAAACAGAAGGAAAGAGAACAGUGAUAUGGGAAUAAAUGUCAUAAAUGUUUCCCUCAAUUUCCUUACUAAUUUUGAGGAUGCCUACAGGCUUUGGAUUUUCAUUGCUAAAUUUCUAGACGCGGACUUUGUUGAGAAGGAAAGGUGGAGGUAUAUCGCAUUGAAUCAGAAAAUGAUUGAGGUCUAAUGUGAAUGAGUUGAAGUUUCUGCAGCUGAUGCUUUCUGGUUGAAAUUCCAUGGAGAGCUGAGAAUAGCUUCCCUGUUCAUAUGAAUGAGCAACAUCAACCAUUCAUUCUUUUUUUUUCUUUUUCUUUUUCUUUCUCUUGAUCAAAUAAUUGGGCAUGUAAAUUAGUAUUCAUGAGAUCAAAUCAAAUCAAUGUAUGAAGCCAAAUUUUAAAUUAAAUCGUUUUUAAUGAA